AUGGCAAAGUCUAUUCUCGACCUGGCCAAGGAAUGCGACAACUUCCCUUACUUUGAAGAUAGCCCAGAACACUACACAAGUCUUCUCAGCAGUUACUACACUUUCAAAGUCAAUGGCUGUGAUGCUGCAUUGGGAUAUAUCCCGCAGUCAGUUGUCGAGAAGUUUGUCUGGGCAGAGAGUGACUGGAACGUCGAUCCAAACUCGCGCACCGUGACGCUGAUGGCAGCACCGGAUGCCACGCCAGAAACUCGCAAUGAGAUCAUGUCCCGCCUGCUAGCAGAUGCAGUCCGCCGGGACACUUUCGAGGUUCUCAAGGGAUGGCGCCAUGAGAUGUACCCCAUAUACGGUCCCGGCGGCCAAUAUCUGCUCCAAAUGGAACGAUCAGCCAGCCCGCUUUUCGGCAUUGCGACUUACGGAGUUCACAUGACUGGUUAUGUGCAAGACGACCAGGGGCUCAAGCUCUGGGUCGCUCGCCGGUCAAAGACAAAGCAAACAUACCCUGGCAUGUUGGACAAUACGGCCGCCGGAGGUAUGAGUACGGGCGAACACCCAUACGCGUGCGCUGUACGGGAAGCCGCGGAAGAGGCAUCCGUGCCGAAUGAUGUAUUCGCAGAGCGUGCAAGCCCUGUUGGAGUCCUUACGUAUUUUUAUGUGCGAGAUGCUCGUGCCGGCGGUGAGACGGGCUUACUUCAGCCAGAGAUUGAGUAUAUUUACGACAUUCGACUAGAUGCUACACAUGCGAUCAAGCCGUGCGACAGUGAAGUUGAAGAUUUUCGUCUCUGGACAGUUGACGAGGUUAAGCAAUCACUAAAGGGGGGGGAAUGGAAACCCAAUUGUUCUAUGGUGAUUAUUGACUUCUUGAUUCGCCAUGGGAUGAUUACAGCAGAGAGCGAACCGGAUUAUUUGGAAAUCGUGGCUAGGAUGCAUCGUCGAUUGCCAUUUCCUACGGCGUCAUUUAAAGCGAGGUAG